CACUGUACUUGGUUUGGCGGUGGUCCCUUCGUUCAUUGUGAAGAAUUGAGUCUCGGGACGUUCGAUUUAAAAAAAGUAUUCAACCCCCACCCCCCCUAACAUAAGAUUACCCUACACGGGGGCUUGAACCUCGGGAGGACCUCCUUAGCCGAACGUACGUCGGUCAUCGGUGAACGUGCUGUGAGACUACCCCACUUGGAGAUCCCGGUUUAGUCGCUGGCGGCCGCCUUGGACUGCAACCCAGAAUCUCGACGGUGCCACGCUCGGCAGUCUGACCUCUGGGCCACUUCGGCUGUUUGGAGGUCGCGGCCGGUCGACCCAUCGCUCACGCGACGCACGUGGUCGUGGUCGAGGUGGGGUGAUCGGGGCGGGGUGGGAGCACCUCGGCGAAUUAGCGACGGCGUUCGAAGCUGCCGGGCGCUGUUCGGAAAGGGACCGUCCCGCCGGACGUCGCUUCCUUCCCCCUUGGCGCGACCGCCGGCCCCCGGCCACCGCUAGAAGGGCGCCCACGCCGCACCGUCUCGUCACACGUAAGGGCCUCCUCUUGAGCGCGAGCGGCGGUCGGCGGCGGCGCCAGCGUCAGCGACAUGGAUCGCCUCGAGAGCCGGAUCAAGGAGUUCCUGCAGAGCCAGGACACCGCCAGCAUCGACGAGCUGGAGCGCCACCUGCAGAUGGCAACGCCGGCCAAACGCCGGAUCCUCGUUCGCAUGCUCGAAAAGUUGGUCGUCGCCGGCACUCUGCGCUAUUUGUCCGGCGGAGCGCUGUACGCGCUGGUGCCGUGCUUCGUGGCCGGCACGGCCAAGCGUCCGGCGGCAUCGUCGGCCACCACCGGCACCUGGGACACGCCGAACCCGGCGAAGAUUAAGCGGAAGGAGGAGUUGCCGGCAUUCUCCAACCGGCGGCCAAAUCACGUUGGCGGUGCGGCGCUAAUGGCACCGCUGUAUCCGUAUCAGCAGGAGCAGUAUCCGCAGCAACAGGAGCAUGUGGAGACGAUCUCGGUUCACGAGGCGAAGCCGUCGCCGGCACAGCAGGGUCCAGCUCCCGGCGUCCACAAUGGCAAGAAGGGACCGGUGCAGCAGCAGCACCAGCAACUGCAUCAGCAAAGCGGCAUCGGCAGCGACACGGCGCAGAGCACGGCGUUGCCAUUCAUGGAGAAUUUGGUGAAUGUCGCACCGCUGGAGGAACAAUUCGACACGAGCUACGGGGACGACGGCGCGGCCGAGAAGGUGAGGGAGCAGCAGCAGCAUCUGGAGCAGCAGCUGGAGGAGGAGGAGGAGCAGCAGCAGCAGGAGGAGCAACGGGACGAUCAGCUCAUGCCGCAGGAGGAGGAGGACUCCGAGGCGGGCGCGGGGGUCGGAUCGGGCCCCGCCGAGCCGGCUCCGGCCACGUGCGAUGAGCACACCCUACGCUACCUCCUGCUGCUCAAGUACAAGGGCCGCGCCGCGGACAGCGCCGGCGCGGCGCAGCUCGCCCUCGCCGAGCUCGAGACGCUGAUGCUCAAGAAUCACGUGAGCGCCCUCAUGGAGUUUAGCCAGUGCCGCUUGCUCGACUGCUCCUUCCGCAUCGUCAACCACUCGGGGCCCUCGCACAAGCCCAGCUUCGUGUUUCAGGCCACAGUGGGGGGCCACUCAUUUGCCGAGGCCGAGGGCUCCAGCAAGAAGAGCGCCAAGACAGCGGCCGCCACUGUGGCGCUGCACACCCUGCUGAAGGCCGCACAGAGCAUGCAGGGCAUGGACCCCGGUGGCGACGGUAAUGGCCUCGCCUGGCCGCACCCGUGCCUACCGCACGCUCCGGCUCAACCGCAGCCACAGCAGUUGCCCGCGCCGGCGUCGUCGUCAUCCGGCGGCGGGGCGGCCGCGGCGGCAACUGCGGGGGGAGGUUCGGCGGCGGCGGUGACGGGUGGGGAGUCGUGCUCGCCAUCCGCCCCGCUGGCGAAGAACCCCGUGAGCGCCGUGAUGGAGUACGCGCAGUCGCUGGGGCUGGCCUGCUCGCUCGUCGUGGUGGGGCAGGAGGGGCCGCCGCACGCUCCCAGGUUCACGGUGCGCGUGGAGGUGGGCACAGAGGUCUUCCCGGCGUUCACGGGCGGCAGCAAGAAGCAGGCACGCUUCGGGGCCGCCGAGGCAGCCAUAAGGGUCCUCGCCGGGCGACCUCUGACCCAGCAGCCGCCCUUCUCUGACACGUGCAACCCCUGGCCGGCUUUCUCGGUGCCGGACCGAACCUUCCACGACGAGGUGGCCGAGAUGAGCACCGCCACGCUGGACGCCAUCGCCGAGGAGAGCCGCUCGCAGCUCGUCGGGCGCAAGGUGAUGGCGGCCAUCGUCAUGACGAGGGGGCCGGCCGAGGUGGAGGGCGACGGGCCCGCCCCGGGCAGCAUGGACAGCGCCCUGGUGGUCAGCCUCGGGGUCGGAAACCGCUGUGUGAAGGGAGAGGAGCUGAGCCUGAAGGGCGAGACCGUGAACGAUUCCCACGCCGAGAUCAUCGCGCGGCGCGGAUUCAUACGGUUCCUCUACAGUCAGCUGAUGUUGCACGACCCCAGCGACCCCGAUCAGAGCAUCUUCUGCGAGUUCGACGGCAAGUUAGCCGUCAGGAACGACGUUCAAUUCCACCUCUACAUCAGCACCGCCCCGUGCGGCGACGGUGCCAUCUUCGACAAGACGGCCAGCGAGCCAGCCGACGGGGGGGGCUCCUCCGGGGGGCCGCACCGCCCCCUCUUCGAUAACGCCAGGCAGGGGAAGCUACGGACAAAGAUCGAGAACGGCGAGGGCACCAUUCCCGUGGAGUCGAGCGACGUGAUGCCCACUUGGGACGGCAUCCAGCGCGGCGAGCGCCUGCGCACGAUGUCGUGCAGCGACAAGAUCCUGCGCUGGAACGUGCUGGGCCUGCAGGGCGCGUUGCUCGCACACUUCCUGCACCCCGUCUACCUGAGCUCCAUCACGCUCGGGUUCCUCUACAGCCACGGCCACUUGUCCCGGGCCGUCUGCUGCCGCCUGGACAAGCGUGGCCCCGGCGAGGCGGAGGAAGACUCCCUGUGGGGGCAGCAGCUGCCGCCCGCGUACCGGCUCAACCACCCCACGCUGGGUCGUGUGAGCCGCUACGACUCUGGCCGCCAGACAGGGAAGACUAAGGAGACGUCGCUCACGUGGAACGCCGAGGGGCAGCCCGAGGAGGUGCUAGAUGGCACGCACGGCAAGAUUAACAACGCGACCGGCUCCCAGGCCGUGUCACGCAUCUCCAAGGCGCGCCUCUUCCAGCUGUUCCACGCUGCGUGCCACCACCUGGGCCAACCCGAGCUCGUGUCGCUGGACACGUAUGCGCAGGCCAAGCGUGCCAGCCUGCACUACCAGGAGGCCAAAGGCCUGCUGCUCCGCAGGCUCGAGACUUUGGGCUACGGCCGCUGGAUCUGCAAGCCCCAGGAGGAGAAGAACUUCCGCAUCGAGACGGAGGGGGUCCAUCCAUAGGAGAGAGCGCGAGCGGUGGGAAGACCCCGAUCGCAGCCCGGUAGCGACGGGACGAGCCGUGUCACGUAGGGCAGGGUGCAGCGCCGUCCACCUGCCCCACCCCCACCCCGGCCCCCCCCCACGCCCCCCCUACCUGCCCCACUUAGGGUUGGAGGUUAGAGGUUAGGAAGCAGAGUUUUGAGUUGGGGUUCAGAGUUCGAGUCGGGUCCAGAGUUCAGUGCAACGCAGUCAGCUGUCGAUUAUACUGGGUGCGCACUCAAGUUCAUAUUGUUUAGCCGGGUGAAAGGUCAAAGAGAUCAGGAUCGUUUCAUUUGCAAGAGUGACCUGCCGGGUGACCAAAAUGAUGAAAGCAACAUAAAAUGAGCCAGUUGACCGUACCACGACGCAAAUUUUAAAUCUUCUUGGUUCUUUCGGUAAAGUCACGUAGAAUGGAA